AUGAGACCUGGAAGCAGUCUGUGGCUUGCCCUUUUCUGCUGGGUUUUGGGGGUGGGGGCUGCUUCCAACCCUUGGGAAUUCCUCAGAGGGGAGGUAGAGCUGUGGAGGUAUGGAGGGGAUCCUUCCUUGGGGAGACCCUUGACCUUCUCCCAGCCCUCUCCCUGGGCAUGGGUGGAUGUCUCCCAGUUGCAGGCUGCUGCCCCCCUGCACCCUGUGGCUGUGCAGUGCCAGGAGGCCCAGAUGGUGCUCAGGGUGCACAGAGACCUCUUUGGCACUGGACGUCUGGUCAAGGCUGCAGACCUGAGCCUGGGCUCAGCCUCCUGCUUGCCUGUGGCCCAGAGUGCUGCUGAGGGCACUGUGACCUUCAGAGCUGGGCUGCAUGAGUGUGGCAGCAGCCUCAGGGUGACCCCUGAUGCCCUCAUCUACAGCACAACCUUAAACUACAACCCAGCCCCUGGUGCCAACCCCCUGCUUGUCCGCUCUAGCCCUGCCCUGGUCCCUGUUGAGUGCCACUACCCGAGGAGGGACAAUGUCAGCAGCAGUGCUGCCAAGCCCACCUGGGCACCCUUCCACUCCACCCUGGCCUCUGAGGAGCAGCUGCCCUUCUCCUUGCACCUCAUGAAUGAGGACUGGAGUGCAGAGAGAGACUCCAGCAUCUUCCAACUGGGAGAGGUCCUCCACUUCCAAGCUGGGGUCCACAGUGAGAACCACGCAGCUCUGAGGCUCUUUGUGGACAGCUGUGUGGCCUCCCCAAGCCCAGACAGGAGCUCUGCUCCCCAGUAUGCUUUCAUUGACUUCAAUGGGUGCCUGGUGGAUGGGCAGCUGGAUGAUGCCACCUCAACUUUUCUAGCCCCAAGAGCCAGGCAGGACAUGCUUCAGUUUGCAGUAGAUGCUUUCAAGUUUGCAGGAGGCUCCAGCAGUCUGCUCUACAUCACCUGCCACCUGAAGGUCUCCCUGGCUGACCAAGGUCCAGACCCUCUGAACAAGGCUUGCUCCUUCAACAAAGCCACCAACCUCUGGACUCCUGUGGAAGGCACUCCAGAUGUCUGCUCCUGCUGUGAGCUGAGGAGCUGUGGCUUGAGCAGGCACUCCAGGAGGCUCCAGAGUCCUUCCCGCUGGCCAGGAGGCCGUGCCCGAAGACAAAUCCCCUCCCAGCCUGCUCCCUUGGGGAAAGAAGCAGAUGUCAUGGUUGGACCUCUCUUGAUCCACAGCUGGCAGGGUCCCCCAGUUAGGAGGCUGUCUUCUCAAGGUGCUGAUCUCUUGUGGGUGGCUCUGCUGCUGGCUGCAGUUGCUGGUUUGGUCAUCCUGCUCCUUGCUCUUCUAGGAGCUCUGACUCUCUGCUGGACACCCAGCAACCCCCUUUGA